AUGACAUUGGACGUUAUUGAAGGUCUCGUUGCUUGUGCCAUUUCAUCUACCUUUUUUGGUUCCAUGUUUGUACCACUCAAAAAGUUCGAUGUUGGCGAUGGAAUCUUUGCGCAGUGGGUAACUGGCACGGCCAUAUUUAUGUUUGGAAUGAUAGUCAGUGCUGCCAGAGGUUUUCCUGCAUUUCAGCCCUUUGCAAUGCUUGGCGGAAUAUUUUGGGCUAUCGGUAAUGCGACAGCAAUACCAAUUAUAUCGAUGAUAGGUUUGGGUAUGGGCGUACUUUUGUGGGGGGUAACCAACUGUGUAUGUGGCUGGGCGAGUAGUCGAUAUGGUCUGUUUGGCUUAAAGAAGGAAGUUCCGAACAACGUUUUAUUGAAUUAUAUUGGACUCGGUCUUGUCAUAUUGGGCGGUAUAUUUUUCUCCCGAGUUAAGUCAACUUCACGUCUGGCGCCCUCAUCCAAUUCCGCUAUUCACAUUGAAACAACUGAUCAAGAAGAAGCCAGUGAAUUUGACCAACUUCGGCGUGACCCACCUCUUAAUAAAAGAGUUCGUGGUAUUGUUUUGUCGCUCUUUGCUGGUGUUUUCUAUGGAACCACUUUCGUUCCCGUAAUCUAUAUUCAGCAGCACGAUGAUAAGGCAUCACAAAAUGGAUUGGAUUACGUAUUCUCUCAUUUUUGUGGGAUAUUAAUUACAACAACUUCUAUAUUUCUCAUUUACUGCGUAUUUAAACGCAAUCGCCCCUUCAUUAAUAAUCAGAUCGUGCUACCAGCGUGCCUGACGGGGACGCUGUGGUCAGUUGCACAACUCGCAUGGUUUUUUGCAAACGACCGUAUUUCACAGUCAAUAUCUUUUCCAAUAAAUAGCAUGGUACCUGGCGUUUGCGCUGCUUUAUGGAGUGUUUUUUAUUUCCGGGAGAUUCAAGGUGCUCGAAAUAUGCAAAUUCUUUUCUCUGCUAUAGGCAUUACGCUUACUGGCGCAAUACUUGUUGGCUUGUCCAAAGCUAUUUAA